AUGGCAGACAAGCCAGACAAGAGCAUGCUCUCCCCCGGAACCCCUCCGGAGCCCAUUCCGUCCAUGACACCAGUUUCGUACGCCAACCAAUGUGGGAGCGAGACGGCUGUCCAAACGAAUACCUACAAACUCUUCGUGAGUCCCCCACAGAAUGUUUCGUUUCAAAGUGAGAUGGGAGUUGGAGCACCGCGGAUCUGCUCAGCCACCAACACCACACCACCGUGGCCACCACGUUUGACUGCUCAUCGAGAGGGAAAGUUUUGUCGGGGGAGCACGUAUCUUUGCACGGACAGCAAGCAAGAUGGCCUGCCCGCCAUAACACCCCACCAUCCUCUUUGGGCGACUCAGCCGCAACUCAGGCUCGCAUCCCUGCGAGCUUUCAGCAUCACCUUGACUUUCCUUCCCGUCCCCCCUCUCUUCCCUCCGUCUCCGAAUGCCGACCAAGGGUUACUUGGCCCGCCAAACUCAGCUUUCGAGAAAACCACUUCCGGGCCAGUCGAAGGGCAAGAGCAGUUUUGCUUCGUAUCAAGCGCGGAGCAAAAUGUCCCCUCUUUAUGCGUCGGAGCUGCCAACCCCAUGCAACUCUUCAUGCUCAAAUGCCCAACUCCCACGAUCUCUCAAGUAGGAGACUUUCAGCCUGAAAUCUGCCACUUCCUAAACAACCUACCGACUGCGAUACUUUGUAUUCAACAUGCAACCUCUUUCAAUUUUCUCACUCAGCGCAGUAUUCCAACGGGGACGCGUAACUCUUCCUUCCGUGAAGCCUCAAACAACUCAGCAGCGGCGGAUGGCACCAUCCCCAGCACCCUUCCCUUGCUUCUAUUUCCCCGUUCCCCGGGACCGGUUGAACCCAUCUGGCCGCCCGUUACACCUGUCUCGCCUGUCGACAUCCGACAGAACAAUAAUUCCCCCGACGUUCAGACGUUCCCCGUCCGUGCGAGCGUCUGCCUGCCAACAAAGGGCCGACUUGGGAGCUGGACCGUGUUCCGAGAAGCAUGCGGCCAGACCAGGAUGGUUGAUCACUUUAACUUCCCGCUCAAUGCCGCCCAGUCUUUGGACAAGCUCACUUUUUUCUUCUGCCCCGAGACCAAAGAGGAUGGACAGCAUUCUGAGCAGACGCUUUCAGCUGAGGACCAGUCGCUCUCGCGAACAACGAUCUUGGAGACCAUCAGAAACAGCUUGCCCCUUAAAGUGACGAACUCUCAAAGGAAAAGGAAAAACCUCAAGGACCAUCGCCAACCCGUCCGAACCUGGUCCUGGACCCUUCAAAAACCUUUUGUAUCUUUUUUGAUGUUGGCUUUGGUUUUCGAGGCUGCCCAAACUGGCAAUUUAUCUGCCCGACUUUAUGCGCCUUGGGUUCCUAUCCAGCCCUUCCCCUCGACUCCCUGCCGCAGCCGAGCUGUGCUUAAAGGUAGAAACGCGGGGGCUUGUUUUUCAAAGGGGAUAAGCACACCCACACUCGACACCACACUCGACACCACCCUUCUCCCCUCCCCUCCCCUCCCCUCCACUAUCCUCUCCCCUUACUGA